AUGGCCAAAGCCAUGUCCCCGCCACAGGGCAUCACAUCCCUCCUGGACACCGAUCUGUACAAGCUGACGAUGCAAUGCGCGGUCCUCAAAUACUUCCCGGAUGUUUAUGUGACCUACGGCUACACGAAUCGGACCCCGCACAUGAAAUUGUAUCGCGGGGCAUACAAAUGGCUUCUGGAGCAGAUGGACAAGCUGGCCGUAAUUCGCGUCACUGCCGAAGAGCGCGAAUUCCUCCGCCAGAAGUGCCCAUACCUCAACGAUGACUACCUCGCCUUCCUAGAGACCUUCCAACUCAAACCCUCCGAGCAUAUCAAGAUCAAGUUCGUUCCGGAACAAGACACGGGCAGCGAUGAUGAUCAAGGAAAUGUGGAGUAUAUCGUCGAGGGUCUCUGGCUCGACACGAUCUUGUAUGAAAUUCCGCUGUUGGCGUUGACCAGCCAAGCGUAUUUCAUGUUCACCGACACGGAAUGGGACUACGAAAACCAGGAAGAGAAGGCAUACAAGAAGGGUUGCACGUUGCUUGAGAAUGGCUGUGUGUUCUCUGAAUUCGGCUCGCGCCGUCGUCGCGACUACCAUACGCAGGACCUGGUUAUGAAGGGACUCUGCCGUGCGGCAGAGGAAGGAAAGAAGCAGGGCUGGCCCGGCGUGAUGACCGGGACUAGUAAUGUGCACUUUGCUAUGAAAUACAAUAAGGGUGCCGUCGGCACCGUGGCACACGAAUGGUACAUGACCAUUGCGGCUAUCACGGACGACUACGAGAAUGCCAACGAGUUGGCAUUGAGUUACUGGCUUGGCUGUUUCGGCGAGGGGGUUCUUGGAAUCGCUCUCACUGACACCUUUGGCACGCCCGCUUUCCUGGAUGCAUUCAAAAAGCCCAUUUCAGCACCAAAUCAAAAGGACCAGAUUACUCCUAACACAACAACCUACGCACAGAGCUACGCCGGUGUCCGCCAAGAUUCAGGCGAUCCAACAUUUUUCGUCAAGAUGGUCCGAGAAUUCUAUGAUAGCCAGGGUAUCACCGACACCAAGACAAUAGUGUUCUCGGAUUCGCUGGAUAUCGAGCACUGCCUGGAAUACAAAGCAAUUGCCGAAAAGGCAGGCUUUAACCCUACGUUUGGAGUGGGAACUUUCUUUACCAAUGAUUUUAUCAACAAAUCAACCAAACAGAAAUCCAAGCCCCUCAACAUUGUUAUCAAGAUUGCCACCGCGAAUGGCAGCCCCGCUGUCAAGCUCAGCGACAAUAUGGGCAAAAACAUGGGCGAUUCUGCCAAGGUCCAGGAGGUCAAGAAGAAGUUGGGCUACGUCGAGCACACCUGGGAAGAGGGUGAUGAGAGUCACCGCUGGAAGCAGACAUAG